AUGACGGAGGAGGUAGACGCGAAUGGCCUGAAAGCCGCCGGGGCUGAGCUUUUGACCGACGGACGCCACGGACUCCGUAUUCAUGGCUGGGAGAUCGUUUCCAAGAGAGGCUCUAUUCUCAGCUCUUCCUCUCAUGAACAGUGGGAAGAGAAGCUGCAGACCUCUCACUUACCAGAGAUGGUUUUUGGGGACAGCUGUCUGGUUCUCAAACAUUUGAAGAGUGGCACCAAACUUCAUUUCAAUGCAUUUGAUGCCCUUAUGGGUUGGAAGCAGGAAGCUUUACCCCCAGUUGAAGUUCCUGCUGCUGCACAGUGGAAAUUCAGAAGCAAGCCGUUCCAGCAGGUGAUCCUAGAUUAUGAUUAUACUUUCACGACACCAUAUGUUGGAAGUGAAAUGAUGGAGAAUGAAAAUGGGAAAGUCAUUGAUGUAAGUGACAAGCUUCACUGGGAGGAUUGCAAGGAGCACAUUGAUGUUGGUGCACUAGCUUCUAAAGAGCCUAUUCUUUUCUAUGAUGAGGUUGUUUUGUAUGAAGAUGAACUGGCUGAUAAUGGAGUUUCACUUCUGACAGUAAAAGUGAGGGUGAUGCCAAGUUAUUGGUUUCUUCUUUUGCGAUAUUGGCUGAGAGUUGAUGGAGUCCUGAUGAGAUUACGGGAUACACGCAUCUAUUGUGCUUUCAGUGACAGUGCAAACCCUGUUAUCCUUCGUGAAAGCUGCUGGAGACAAGUGACCUUUCAGGCUCUGUCUGCGAAAGGGUACCCUAUUGAUGAUUCUGCUUAUAGUGAUCCUAACAUCAUCAGCCAGAGGCUUCCUGUCAUCAUGCAUAGGACUCAGAAGCUUAAGGGUCCAUGGUAA